CGAAGUUUAUUAUAGAGGUUUGGCAACAAACUUAUCAGACGAAACGUGCUUCAACAUAAACAAAGUGUUAAAUCGUUCCGUUCUUAUAUUUUAGAAGUCUAUUAUUGUUGAAUUAUUUAACAAAGAAUAAUUUAUCACAGAUUCAGAAUGCCUAGAGAUAAGUCUGGAUUAGGAAAUGCUUUGAUAAAUGCUCAUAAAAGAAAAGGAAAAAUUAGGCAGAGUGGUUUUAGACAUACAAGUGAGCUUCCUGAUGGCCGAAAUUUUGGACGUUUAAAUUUAAAAAGUGUCACAGAACAGACAUCUUUGAAUGAAUUACUUGAUACAGCUACAUUAGCUGAAAAAGAUUAUGUUGCAGAAAUGUCCAAUUUAAAAAUUAUUGAUCCCACAAAAGAGGGCUUACCAACUGAAGAAGAACUAGCUGCGAUAUCAUCAAUUCAAGAGGAAAAUAAAGAAAUUUUAUGUAUACCUCGAAGACCUUACUGGGAUAUAAAUCGCAUGACAAAAGAAGAAAUUGAUGAUAAUGAAAAAAUAGCAUUUCAAUCAUGGAGAAAAAAAAUAGCACUGUUCCAGGAAUCUAAAAAUAUUACUAUGACUCCAUUUGAAAAAAACAUUGAAGUUUGGAGGCAGCUAUGGAGAGUAGUAGAACGAAGUGAUCUGGUGGUUCAAAUUAUUGAUGCAAGAAACCCUCUUUUAUUUCAAUGUCCUGAUCUUGAAAGUUAUGUGAAAGAAAUAAAUGAGAACAAAAUGAAUAUGUUAUUGUUAAAUAAAGCUGAUCUUCUGACAGAAUCACAGAGGAAACUUUGGUGUGAUUAUUUCGAUGAGAUUGGAAUAAAAGUAGUCUUUUUUUCUGCACUAGAAGAGGGGCAGCGGCCAACAGAGAACUCUGAUACUCUGCAACCUGAAAAUUUUCUGGAAGGCCAAGAUUCUAUAAAUGCAAAAAAUAGUCCUACUGUUCUAUCCAGAGAAGAACUUCUGCAGUUUUUUAAGCAGUUUGUUAAUAAAAGUGAUGACUCCCAACACAAGCCCUCAGUUGGUUUGGUUGGUUAUCCUAAUGUAGGAAAGAGCAGUACUUUAAAUGCUCUUCUAAUGACUCAGAGCUUUUCUAAGAAAGCAGGUGCUUCUGCUACUCCUGGAAAAACAAAACAUUUUCAGACAUUUAAUCUUGAUAAUGGCAUGGUUCUCUGUGAUUGCCCCGGUCUUGUUUUUCCCAAUUUUGUUUCAACAAAAGCUGAAAUGGUUGUCAAUGGCAUUCUACCUAUUGAUCAACUUACAGGAUGGAAACAUCCCAUGACUCUCAUAGUAAAUAUGAUCCCUUGUGAAAUCCUGAAAGAUAAGUAUUCUUUAUCUCUUCUUGCUCCACGUGAUGGAAAGAAUUUAACUGCUGAAGAAUUACUAGAUGCUUAUGGAUUAAGCAGAGGUUUUAUGACACAAAAAGGAGGGUUGCCUGAUCAUGCAAGAUCAGCUAGAUACAUAUUGAAAGAUUUUGUUAAUGGAAAAUUGCUUUAUUGUCAUGCCCCUCCUGGUGUAAAGCAAGAAGACUUUCAUAAAUUUCCAGAAGUCAAACAAAGAAAACCUGUCAAAGAAACAGCUGAGGGUAGUGAAAAAAAUAGUCAAAGCAAAGUUGUAUUAACUGCUGCAGAUAGAGAAUUUUUCUCCCAGAUGCAUUCCAAAGGAAAUCCAAAACCAGAGGUAACAGCAAAUGGCACUCAUAAGCCUUGGAAGAAGCACAACAAUCGGAAUAAGAAAGAAAAACUUAGAAGGGUUUAUAAUCCUUACACAAGUUAGAAUUUGUACAGAUUGCGUCAUUUUUACUGGAUAUACACAAGAGAUUCAGUGUAAAUAUAUGUGCUUAUCUUUGUUAAUAAAACUUUUUAAUGACUA